UAGCUGGCAGGAUACUGACUCUAGUGUUGCUCUGUGGCUGCAUGCUGUCUGGAGUCAUGGCUGCACAGCUGGUUGUAGCUCUGCUGGCUCUCACCUCCCUGUGUGCUGCUGCGCCUGAACCCGACUGUACAGAGCUGCUGAAGCCUCUGGUUCUGGAUAGCCACAGCCCUAUCUAUGGGAAGUGGGUGCUCCAUGUGGCGUCUUGGGAUGAAUCUGAUCUGAAGAGUGACCUGGUAGCAGUGAACAGCUCAUGGGUGGAACUGUCAGCGUCAUCAGAAACUGGAUUUAUCUCCCUCUACUGGGCCGAUCGAGUGGGAGAAAAAUGUCUUCAAGGAUCAACCAAUGCCUCUGUCUCAGGAAUGACAAGUCACACUACAUUUAAUAUCAAUGGUCACACUUCAUACCAUGAGGGUAAGUACUAUGAGACCUGCUCUGACUGCCUCCUGUCUGAGGACACCACCCUCCUCCCUGACGGCAAGACAAAGGGACGCUACCUUUUCCUCUUCACAAAAACUGGCAAUCUGGAGCCAACUGAGCUGGAUACCUUCAAGAAGCAGGCCGAGUGUCUGAAAUUCCCUGAAUGGUACUUCUUCGGAGGCUCAGAUCUGUGUCCUGAUGCCAGAGAAGCUGCUGCUGCAGAGAACACAGAAGCUGAAGUCCAGCCUCCUGAAAACUAAAACCAAGCAAAAGGGUGUUUUAGCUGUUUGUAUAGCCCAGCUACAUUAAUCUAAACCUACACUAAAUAUUUUUUUAAUGUGACAUUGUCACUGAUUUAACAUUGUGCUCUGGAAUAACUUUUUAUUUGCCUGGUUUUCCGGUUGGUUUCAGGAGUGGUCGUGAGUUUGAGGCUUGGUGGUGUUGAGUCAUGUUAGAUAUGAGUUCUGUGAUGUGCAGAAGAUGUACUAUUUUGCAUGUUCUGCCUGCUAAGCUGGUUGAACUUGUAUAGCUUGUUUAGAAAAUGAGAAAUCAGAGAAAUUCAUGGUAUAUUUUGGUACAGUAAUGGCCGAAGUGUCUACUGUAAUCACUUUAACAAUCUGUAAAUAGUUGACUGUUUUAAAUGCUUGUGUGAAAUGAAUAAAAACAGCUUUCAGUCCCUCUC